UCAAUUUUCCUUCAUGGGAAGUGAAUCAAAACCCAUGAAUCGAAUUUCAAAAAAAUCAAAAUCAAAACCGAACCAGCGUUGGUACGGCUCAAAUUUUCGGUUAUAACCGAGAUAUGCUUACUCCGACUUGCUGCAAUUUUGGACUGUUGAAAUUGCCACUGUGUCAUUGUCCGUACGACACCAGUUAUUACUUGUUAGUGGUCAACGCUCUCAAUAGUGUCAUCGUCUGGUGAAGUGAAGACUAGAGGUAGGCUUUUCUGCUAUUGAUUGACUGACAAAAGGACUCUGCACUCUGUUUCUCUGCUCAUGCAACCUUCAUCUAUGGCUUUGGGUUCAAUUUUGCAAUCACAGACCUCUCUAGAUGGGGACCCUCGAGAGCAUUUAUUUACUGUGGACGAUUUUGAAUCGGAUAUCGGCGGUUCUCAAAUCAAGUUCCGGAUAAAGAAUUUGAUAAAGAAAUCGGAUGCUGGAGUAACUAUUCUUAACGGAAUUAAUUUGGAUAUACCUAAAGGAGUUAUUGUUGGAAUCAUUGGCCCUAGUGGUAGCGGCAAAUCUACGCUUUUGAGGUCGCUUAACCGCCUAUGGGAACCUCCGUCUGGUACCGUGUUUCUCGACGGCCGUGAUAUCCGGGAUCUUGAUGUUCUUGGCCUCCGCCGUAGGGUUGGCAUGCUCUUCCAGGUUCCGGCUCUGUUUGAAGGUACGGUUGCUGAUAAUAUAAGGUAUGGACCACAAUUGAGGGGGAAGAAACUUACUGACCAUGAGGUUCACAAGUUGCUUAAACUUGCUGACCUUGAUUCUACUUUUCACAAAAAGAAUGGUAGUGAAUUAUCUGUAGGUCAAGCUCAAAGGGUUGCACUUGCAAGAACCCUAGCUAAUGAACCAGAGGUUUUGCUACUAGAUGAACCCACGAGCGCCUUGGAUCCAAUAUCAACGCAAAACAUUGAGGAUGUUAUCGUGAAACUAAAAGAAAACCGGGGAAUGACAGUUGUGAUGGUUUCUCAUAGCAUCAAACAGAUACAGAGGGUUGCUGAUGUGGUUUGCCUUGUUGUAAAUGGAGAAGUUGUUGAAGUUUUGAAGCCAAAUGAACUAUCAGAAGCCAAGCAUCCCAUGGCACAAAGGUUUCUUCAACUAAGCAAUUGAGACUUUGUGCUGUAGUACACUUUAUUUCUUCUCUUCAUGUUUAGGAAUAUUAUCCUUCAGACUGUUUCUACAAAUUUCAGUCUGUAAUACUUUGAUGCGUCACCUAGAAAUGCCUAGAAUACAUUGCUUUCAAUUGUUACUGUUAUACCAUAUACUGCUCAGAAAGCAAAGUCAUAAAAUCGAUGUGCGAAAUUACAGCCA